CCCAAAACCCCUCUCUACAAACUGUCUGUUUACAAACCCUAACACUGCUCCUACCCAACUCCGUCUCCAAUGGCCUCGCGCUGUCGUUCACUCUCAAAACCAGCUUUUACCCUUCUCAAGUCCUCCAUAACUAAGCCCUCGAGCAAACCCACCACUUCAUUUCAUAUCCCAUGUUCAUCCCCGAAGACGAGUUCAAGGCCAAUGUCUCUAAUGGGUUGUCUUCAAUCUCUACUCCCACUUCACACAGCGGUAUCUUCGGCUCGGCUCACCUCGUGCCUCGGCAUCGACUCCAAGGGCUCGAGGUCGCUGUCUCAGGGUAUGCUCUGCAGUGCAAACCCCGGGGUUUGAUGUUUUUCAUGUAUCUAACUAGGUCUCAGUGUGCCGCGAUAAGAAACUGGUGUCAAAAGUUAGAAGACGGAUGUAGUUUUAUUCAUGAGGAUCAUGGUUUCUCUCCUCAUAAAUUGCUGCAGUAAUAGUCCUGUAUGAUGCUGCAUUGCUGAAACCAUGUGGUUUGUAUUUUUGGCUUUAUUGUUCCAAUGGCUGGAAUCCAACCCCAUUCUUUGUUUUCCUUGCAGCCUACAAUUUAUAUAAUUUUGGAUGUCCUGUUGACCAGGAUGAGAUGAAACUAAUUGGAAUUAUAGCUUAUCUUCUUGUUUUAC